UGUUCCUCAAAAUGACCGGUUUAGGAAUCAACUCUAGAAGACAAAUUUGUUACAGGUGUUCAUCUAAAAUACCAAAAUGAAUUCGUCAAAUGAAAGAGAAAUGACCCAGCUGGUUAAGCAAAAUAGCUGUUGAAGAGAAAAUCUAAUGCUGGUCACACAAAAAUAACUAACUUUUGCCAAUCCUGUCUACGAUUGUCUUUUCCAGUCAAAGAAGACAUAAAAGCAUUUAAGCAACGCAGGGAGAUAAAAGAGAAAGAAAGGAGAGAUGGAUUCUGGGUUAUCCUGGGCUGAUCAAUGGGACUACAACUCUGACCCUUCACCACGAGCAUCGGACAAGAAGAAAAAGAAGAAAGAGGAGGAUUCGAGCAAGAGCAAGUUUGGCAAGUCAUUAUUAAGUUUCAAAUGGAUGAAAGAACUGCGUAAGAAAUCUCAGCAAAAAAAUGACAGCAAAUAAGAAGUUCAUCAUCUGCUGACUGCUGCGCCUGUGCUCCUCCAUGGAUCCUCCAAACUCCAUUCUUAUUGUCUUUGUUUUACCAUAAAAUUCUAUUACAACUCCUACCUCCCCCCUUGUUUCACAGAUAAAAUUUAACUGAAGAAAAAAAAAAAAGAUACUCUUAAUAAGUUUUUUGCUUGUUUUGCUACUUCUCUUCUUAUAUGGUACACCAUUGCUCAGGGUGGGCAAAUUAUAUGUAAAGUGUUAAACCAAAUGCAGAUGAUAAUUCUAAAUUCAUUUGUUUCUCUUGGACAAGUCAUGGCUUAUUUGUUAAUUAUAAGUAUAAUAUAAUGUCUGAUCAUAAUCAAGCUCAUACUCCCAAAGGGACAUGCAUCUAUAUGUUGAUUAAAGCAGUUAAGAUUUAUGACCCUGUCUCGGCUUUAUUUUUAUGGGGAAAUCUCUUGGCUAGUCUUUUGGACGUUCAAAUGAUUUUCUUUUGAACAUGUCAUCAAGAGAAAAUUAAUGUAAAUUAUGGGGUUUGGUUUUGGAUCAUGACUUCAACCUGCAUCCUGCGGCUUACUAAGCUGAAUAAAAUAAGCAUGAAGAAAAUCUUUGAGAGAAGUGCUGGACAACAGCUUAAGCUUAUGAAAGUUUUGCAAUAAUUCUUGAACUUUAAUUUAAAAUGCAAAUAAAUUCUCGAUCUUUUGCACUAGAUUAAGACUAUAAACUUUUAUUUUAUUGUCCAAUUCAUAGAGCUUUUAAAAUAGUAUUCUUUUAAAAUUUUGUUAUU